CACACACUGAAACUUGGUUUUGUGUGGAGAAGUAACAUCUUGCCAUGAAUGUUGUGGAGAACUGGGAAGGCCGAUGACGACUUUUUUCACGAACUUCCAGAAACAUUUCCAUCUGACCCACCAGAACCUCUGCCACAUUUCCUUAUUGAGCCUGAAGAAGCUUAUAUCGUGAAGAAUAAGCCUGUGAACCUAUACUGUAAAGCCAGCCCCGCCACCCAGAUAUACUUCAAGUGCAACAGUGAAUGGGUCCAUCAGAAGGAUCACAUUGUGGACGAGAGAGUAGACGAAACCUCUGGUCUCAUUGUCCGCGAAGUGAGCAUUGAGAUUUCUCGCCAGCAAGUGGAAGAACUCUUCGGGCCUGAAGACUACUGGUGUCAGUGUGUGGCCUGGAGCUCGGCGGGCACCACCAAGAGCCGGAAGGCCUAUGUGCGCAUCGCAUAUCUACGGAAGACCUUUGAGCAGGAACCCCUGGGAAAGGAAGUGUCCCUGGAACAGGAAGUUUUACUCCAGUGUCGACCACCUGAAGGGAUCCCAGUGGCUGAGGUAGAAUGGCUGAAAAAUGAAGACAUAAUUGAUCCUGUUGAAGAUCGGAAUUUUUAUAUCACUAUCGACCACAACCUCAUCAUAAAGCAAGCCCGUCUCUCUGAUACGGCAAAUUACACCUGUGUCGCCAAAAACAUCGUUGCCAAGAGGAGAAGCACAACGGCCACUGUCAUCGUCUAUGUCAAUGGUGGCUGGUCCACCUGGACAGAGUGGUCCGUGUGCAACAGCCGCUGCGGACGAGGGUUUCAGAAACGCACAAGGACCUGCACCAACCCAGCCCCACUCAAUGGUGGUGCCUUCUGCGAAGGGCAAAGCGUACAGAAGAUAGUCUGUACCACACUGUGCCCAGUGGACGGCAGGUGGACCUCGUGGAGCAAGUGGUCCACCUGUGGGACAGAGUGCACCCACUGGCGCCGGAGGGAGUGCACAGCGCCGGCCCCCAAAAAUGGUGGCAAGGACUGUGAAGGGCUGGUCCUGCAAUCCAAGAACUGCACCGAUGGCCUCUGCAUGCAGAGUUUCAUUUAUCCUAUUUCAACUGAACAGAGAACCCAGAAUGAAUAUGGAUUUUCUUCUGCUCCUGACUCAGAUGACGUGGCUCUCUAUGUCGGGAUCGUGAUCGCAGUGCUAGUGUGCCUGGCGAUCUCUGUUGUCGUGGCCCUGUUCGUGUAUCGCAAGAAUCACCGGGACUUUGAGUCCGAUAUUAUUGACUCUUCAGCACUCAAUGGGGGCUUCCAGCCUGUGAACAUCAAGGCAGCCAGACAAGACCUCCUGGCGGUGCCCCCAGACCUCACAUCAGCGGCCGCCAUGUACAGGGGACCUGUCUACGCCCUGCAUGAUGUCUCUGACAAAAUCCCAAUGACCAAUUCUCCAAUUCUCGAUCCACUGCCCAACCUGAAAAUCAAAGUGUACAAUACCUCGGGCGCUGUCACUCCCCAAGAUGACCUCUCUGAGUUUACGUCCAAGCUGUCCCCCCAGAUGACACAGUCUUUGCUGGAGAAUGAGGCUCUCAACCUGAAGAACCAGAGCCUCGCCAGGCAGACGGAUCCAUCCUGUACAGCAUUUGGCACCUUCAACUCCCUCGGGGGUCACCUGAUUGUCCCCAACUCAGGAGUGAGCUUGCUGAUUCCUGCGGGGGCCAUUCCCCAAGGGAGAGUCUACGAAAUGUACGUGACGGUGCACAGGAAAGAAACGAUGAGGCCACCCAUGGAAGAUGGUCAGACACUGCUGACCCCCGUGGUGAGCUGUGGACCCCCUGGAGCCCUGCUGACCCGCCCAGUUGUCCUCACCCUACAUCACUGCGCAGACCCCAACACGGAGGACUGGAAGAUCCAGCUCAAGAACCAGGCAACACAGGGCCAGUGGGAGGAUGUGGUGGUGGUCGGAGAGGAAAACUUCACCACGCCCUGCUACAUUCAGCUGGACGCAGAGGCCUGCCACGUCCUCAUAGAGAACCUCAGCACCUAUGCCCUGGUCGGCCAGGCCACCACCAAAGCAGCCGCGAAGCGCCUGAAGCUGGCCAUCUUUGGUCCCCUGUGCUGCUCCUCGCUGGAGUACAGCAUCCGAGUCUACUGUCUGGAUGACACCCAGGACUCCUUGAAGGAAGUCUUACAGCUAGAGAGACAGAUGGGCGGACAGCUCUUAGAAGACCCCAAGGCUCUUCAUUUCAAAGGCAGCACCCACAACCUGCGCCUGUCGAUCCACGACAUCGCCCAUUCCCUCUGGAAGAGCAAACUGCUGGCUAAAUAUCAGGAAAUUCCUUUUUACCAUAUUUGGAGUGGGUCUCAAAGAAACCUCCACUGUACCUUCACUCUGGAGAGAUUCAGCUUGAACACGGUGGAGCUGGUUUGCAAACUGUGUGUGCGACAGGUGGAAGGAGAGGGGCAGAUCUUCCAGCUCAGCUGCACCGUGUCUGAGGAACCCACUGGCAUCGAUCUGCCACUGCUGGAUCCAGCCAGCACCAUCACCACCGUCACAGGGCCGAGUGCGUUCAGCAUCCCUCUCCCUAUCCGGCAGAAGCUCUGCAGCAGCCUAGAUGCACCCCAGACAAGAGGCCAUGACUGGCGGAUGCUGGCCCAUAAACUCAACCUGGACAGGUACUUGAAUUACUUUGCCACCAAAUCGAGCCCAACUGGCGUAAUCUUGGAUCUUUGGGAAGCACAGAACUUCCCGGAUGGAAACCUGAGCAUGCUGGCAGCUGUCUUGGAAGAAAUGGGAAGACAUGAAACAGUAGUGUCUUUAGCAGCAGAAGGGCAGUAUUGACCACACUGGAACUAAAAUGAAGGACAGAAUGCACAGGGAAUCUGUGGCCGUCCAGGGAAACACAGCUGGGGAGGAAACCCAGACCAGACCAAUGAGCUUCAAAGGCAAGAUGGCAGCAGGAGAAGGAAAACAGAUAGAACUACCAGUGUACGCACCCACUUUACUCGGACAGCAUCACAGGAGUUAAAAAUUGUGUAAAUUUGUAGCUUGAAUUUGGAAAUCAACCUAAUUUUCCUCUUAGUUGGGCUGUAUGCUGUAUGGUACAGGAUCUUACAGUUUCCUAGGAAACGCUUUUUAUUGCUAUCCAGAUAUAUGGAUAAACUUUCUUAACAAACCCAAUUUCUACAAACGUUGUUUACAUCAAAUUGGACAGGGAUGCAGACACUGUCCAUGGCUCACUCUAUUUUUGUUCAGAUCAUUUGAAGUUGAAGCUGUGGACGGUUUGUUGUGUCUAUUUCAGAUUAAUCAUUUACAGAGAAAUCGCAGACUUUUGAUACAAAUUGUGUACAUCACGUGUCUCAGAUAAUCCUCCCAUGAGUGUUCUGUUUCUAGAGACUGUAGAACCAGUGUUACCGUCUGUAUCAGGGAAGUGGAGCAUCAAAAUGCAAAAGACAAAUGACUAAGAUUCCUUAUGCCUUGGCAGGAGGGGCCUAUCGAGCGCCCUUUGGGAAUAAAGCUGUAGCAUUGCAGGGAAAAGAGCGAUUCAUGUUCAGCCACACAAAUAUUUCUUCAGGACAUGUGUGCUUGUAAUAUGCAAUUUGAAGUGUUUUUUUUUUUUCUUUAGAGGUAUUAUUAUGAGUAUCUACAAGUAUUGUAGUAAGAGGAUCUUCUUUUAACCUUUCAUUUUGUUAGCACUGCUAGUAUUUGGUAUUAAGUCCACCUUCCUCUCGUUGUCACAUAUCGGGCUGGGCAUGGUCACCAAUUCAGUGAAUAGGCAUUGCUUCACUGGCCUUUAACCCUCGUCAUCCUGCUCUGGAGAAAGGUGGUGAAGGCUUACCAGCUUUGUCAAUGUGUUCGUGCAUCUUGCUGUAGUACAGUCUUUCUCCUGAGUCCUUCAGAUGUGUUUUCCUUGAAGUUCACUUAAUAUUGUGGUUGUGUGGCCCGGCACUGACCCCCCAGGUUGCCCUGUCUACCUGAGGGGUAGUGUGAUUGGGGGAAUUGCCUCAGAACUGGAAAUCAGAAAACCAGUUCUCGAUUUGGCACUGUCUGGCUGUGCUACUUCAUGAAAUCAUUGAAACUCACUGGAGCUUGGUUUCCUUACCCGUAAAAUAGGGGGUGAGAUUAGAUCAUCUCAAAUUUUAAAAUGGUAGCCUUCUAUUGUGAGGCCUCCAGGCUCUCAUUCAUCAGUCUGAAAAUGACAGUGGACUCUGACUUGAAUCAUUUAAAUAGUCAGCCAGUCUUUUUCUCAGGCUGUAAUAUGCUUUUCAAAUAAUUUUGACUUGGAAGAAAAUUCUAACCUGCAAGGUAUUUGUUCAACAUUCAAUCUUAGGUUAUCCUUUUCUUGUCUUCUCUCAUAGGACCCCUAGGCUUCCGGCCUAAGUAGCUUUAAACUUGUAUUAUUGUUUUGAACUGUUCACAUCAAGACCAUUCCUACAAAUCUGCCAGUAGAAACGUGGUGCAUUUUCUUCUCUUUCAUCUUUGCUUUAAUACUGUUCAGUAGCACUUACAAAGGUUAAUUACUCCCUUUUAUCCUAUCAAAUGUUACCCAACAGACUACCUAGUGUAAACUACGGUUUCCUUGGGACCUCACAGGCUCUGUAACGUAGGGACUCAGUUCACCCAGCAGUGGGGAUGAAGAGUCAACAGUAGCCCAGUAGCCAAACAAUGACUGAACAAGAAGCAUCCUGGGCUUGAGUGGGAUCCUUCAGAACGUGAUUGUGGUGUCUGUGGGGCUGGAGGUUCCACGUUGCUGACUGCAUUUGAAUUAGAAAUCAUUUUAUACACUUUCUCCCAUCAUUCUGCAUAUAUUCCCACUCCUGUGUUGGUUCUUAAUAUUCUCAGCCUCUUCUUUUCUCAUUGCUAAGGAACCAUCAGUACUUCAUCAUGGAGCCUCUUCUUACGUACCAUUUCUUUCUGACCUUGAGUUGUAGACAGAUAUUCCAUAAACGGUUUCUCUGGCCAUGUGGUUCAUUAAAAUUUCCUUAUAUAAAAUUAUUGGCUCCACUGGUUGUGGAAGGGGGAGAUUGCACUAAUCAACAAGUUCAGCUACUGUUUGUACUGAUGAGUAAAGCUGUAUUCUAAAUUAAAAAUUUAAAUAAUCUUAAAAAGCAAAAUGAAGAAAGAGUUAUUGUCCAUUACUACAUCUUGAAAUAAAAUUAACUUGUCAAGAUUGUUUAUUACUGGAAAUCAUCUGGAGAAAUCAAGAACUGGGAGUUCAAGGAAAUUUCUGUGCUACAAGAAAGGCAGAAGGGAGCAAAACUUUAGCUCUCCAGAUGAAUCAAUUCCCAAACUUUUCCUAAAAGUCUUGAUUAAAAAAUAACCAACACAGAAAUACUGAGCAUAACAGGUAGACUGUUAUUGAAGCCACUGAGAGCUGCUGGAAUUCACUUCAGACGCUUGGUUUUUUGGUCCAGCCUCCCACCACUAGGAAAGGGAAGAGUGACUGAUUCCAUGUGAGGUAAGCAUCUAUCACAAAACUGCUAUGUUUCUUAUCAAGUGAAUGACAACUUCCAUACAUAUAAUAACCCAUAUGUCAAAAAAUGUUCACUAAGAGUUCUGCUUUCCUUCUCCUUUUGAGGAAAAUAAUAGCUGUUCGAUUGCUCACCAACUCAGAAGGUUCAAACACAACAGUUCAUUUCACAGGAGCCACUUCAUCAUCCUGUGUGCCAUGUUGUUUCCACACAGCUGUGAGCAGAACCCACCCUCCUUCCCAUGGAUGGAAAAGUUAUUAUUUGUGCACGGUGCCAUCUAGUGGCAUGCAACACGGUCUACCUGGGGUCAGCUCCAAAGGCACUGAAAGUUGUGUGACAGAAUGAGUAUCUACCUGGAAGCAGGGUCUUUAGGACACAUAGAUCCUGGGGAUUUUCACGUUGGAUCUGUAAUAAUCUUCUCAUGCUUUUUCCACUUAAAUCACCCUUCUCAAAACAUGUCAUUAUGAUCCUAAUACUUCAUCAUUGAUCCAUGUCCUAAGUUGCUGGUUUGUAAUAGAAACAUAAAACCCAUGUCUUUGAAAGUUGUCAUUUUAACAUUUAUGAUUUCAUGGAACUUUGUGUAUUUUAAAUCAUCUUUCUUUCAGUUCCCUGCUAUUUACCUUUGGAAAUGUGGGAAGCACCCACUUAGAAAGAAAUCAGUCUUAUAGAUGCAAACGCAGUACUGUGUCUAAGGAAGAGAAAUUGUGGUUGUUGAUGAAGAAGAAAGAAGCUGCUUCUGAAUUUGCAAACCUAACAGCAAAGGCUUCCUCCUGUUCUCAUUUUAUCCUCAAAACACUAAUUCACACUUUCUUGGGGACCUAGGAGGAAUAAGGCUGGAUUCAGAAUUGCUGACUGGGCAUCCAAUGCCGCCAAGCUUGUGUGAGGCGCUCACAGCCAGCAGCCUCUCAGCAACACGUCCCGGUACAUACUCACCUGGUUACACAGGGGACCUGUGUCCUCACGCACACAUUGCAAGCUCUGCAAGGGCAGGGCAUUGUCGGGAGGUUAGCUGCCACAUUAAAGUGCAUCACAUUAGCCAUUCUCUAAAAGAGCAGAGCCAUUCUUUAGGGAAAAGUCAUGGCCAAGUUCAGGGCACUCUGGAAUAUAGGCAUUCAGGAAUGGGCUUUAAAAGAUUUUUUCUCCUAGAAGCAACGUAUAUUAAAAACAAACAUUCAGAGGUACAAUUCAGCCUUUCCCCAUCUCCUGGGGAAAAGCAGAUGAAUCUCAUCUUAGGUGUCCUGUUUGUCUCUGCCAGGGACACAGCAGCUGUGCUCUUGGGUCCCUCACAGAACUGCGACCUACACGUUAAGACAGGACCCAGUAAAAUAAAGGCACGCUGCCUCUUCAGAACCCACAGGGUCUUGUUCUGGAAGAGUGGCCCCCAGGGCCAGUCAGAUGUAAAAGUGUGUGAGGGCCUGCGAGGUUAUAUAAAGAAGGUAGAGAAGGUUUGUGUUCAGUCUAUAAGUUGAAUGUGCAUUUUCAUGUUGCGGAGCAGUAUUCUAGAAAAGUCAUUAGUUUUGUAUAGAGUCCUCAAGGCCCAGCCAAGGGUGGAGAAGAGGAGGAGGAGGGCCACAGAAACAGCCGAGGGGAAGCUGGGCUCUAGCCAUCUCCUUUGAGAAGUUUUCGUGAGUCAGAAUGGCACUGCUCAAGAUCAAUUAUUUAUACAGAUGAUCACAGCCAAUGAGCAUUAGAUUUUAUAGAUACAAUAAAUAUUUUUAUCAAUUAUCUCAAGGUAAUAACAGUUUUUACCUUUCGAGUGCCUCAUAGGACCAGCUAUUAUACUUUGGUUUUGCUUUUGUAUUAUUUUUAUAUUUUUAAAUGUACUACACUAAUGUUGACUGAAAUCCUUAGAACUAUCCCUCUGUGCAAUGAAAUACUGUUUCUUUACCCUAAAAGAUCUAUUUGUAUAAUCCGUAGCUGCCAAUGAUCACUUUGAAAGAUUUUCCUUGCAUCUUUAAUGAUUUUUUAAUGAAAUAAGGAAUAUGGGAAAUAAAUAUAUUGUAACCAAUGUUAAUUUAAGCUCAUGUCCAUGCAGGCCAAGUAAAUGAAGUCAUAAUAAGUAUUUCCAGGAUUGUGAGUGAAAAACUAUUUUUGAAAACUGGGGAUAUGGUCUUGUCUGUCACUGAGUGGAUUUUCUCUACAGACUAACAGUGAACUUCUUGAUUCCUUCGUCUUGUCAGCCACAUGGCUGCUCAUGUUUUCAGAAACCUUAUGUUGAAGAUUUCUCUUCAGAAGAGUUCAUGGCUCCAGAAUUUCCAGUAGGUAUGGCUGCUUCCUCUUCUGAUCCCUGGUGGGACAAUAAUGGACUCGCUCCACCAAGUGUAUUGUAUGUCUCAGGCCUAUUUUCACAUUGCUGGAGAAGCAUCAACAGGCCAAAUGGAUAGGCUCUCUACCAUGUAUGAACACACAAAGACAAUUUACAGAGCCUCUGUCCUAGUCCUCUGUACACUCAGGCUCUUCUAUAUUGAAGGGAUCUGUCCAGAGAUCUUUAGGUUCCUAAAUUGGAAAUCCCUGUAGCAUAUGACAACAGUUGUGGCCCACUCAACCAGCUGCCCACCAGCCAUAUUACUAUAUACAAGUUUUUUAUCAGACCAUUUCAGACUUGUGCUUUGGUACAAUUGUAAGGAGCAGGACAUAACACUUCAGGGGUCCCUUACAAAUAAGCCUAUAUCCUGUGCCAUCCUUAAGUUCCAAAGUCUUCUGAUGGAGGUACUAUCAGACCUGCUGUGGAACCUGAUGAUAUGGACCAGGGUUGGAAGAACUGGGCUGCAGUUUAGAACAUGCACCAUACGCAGGUUUCACUGAUUAGCACCCCAAGCUCGUGGUGAUUAGUUCUUGAUCUUUAAUCCUCAGCACUAUGGAAAGGCAACAUCAAAGAAUCCUGGCUCGAGCUAUGUCCUGGAUGUUAAACCUUUUUAAAGACAGCAUUAAAGAAACAAAUCUACUACCAGUGGAAAAUGCCUUUGCCCUUUCAUCCUCUCUAUGCCUUGGAAAAGAAACAGGACCGUAAUCAGAACUUGCUCUUCUCUUAGACUCACGCUUCUAUUGGUAGAGAUGCCCUCAUCCCCCAGAGUGUGUUUAGCCCAGCUGCAGGGAAUACCAUCACCGUGUGUGUUGGAUGUCACAGUGUUGUAUGUGUUGCAUUUUAAUGUUGAGCUGUAGCAAGUUGGUAACCUUCCACUUUGCCCUUUCUAAAGAAGAUAACCAAUGUUUGUCAGACAAAACUCCCCAGCAGUCUGUAGUGAUGAGGCUAGGUCAUCCUUGUGCUGUCUUCUUUGGAACAGUUCAACUGCAGAAAUGUCUGAUUGAGGUUUUGUACUUUGCCAUUUUUCUUUUUUAAGCAGAAAACUACCACGUUGGCUUCUUGCAUUCGGAACACUUCUUUUGUUGUUGUGGAGUUCCCUCUUGCUGUAUCUUCUAUGCAAUUCCUUUUCUAAAACUCCCUGGCGGAGGUGGUGUGCUCUCUGCGCAUCCCGGCCGGCCGGCGCCUUGCUGUGUGGCGGAAGUGAGCGCCCCAGCUCUGGGUGUGCCUCUUUUCUCUCUCUGGCUGCCUCUCCCAACUUUUUCCUGCAGUCCCCUUGGUUUGUAAAUUGCCUGCUUUUAUUCUGUCAGCCAACAUGUACAAAAUAUAAGAAAGAAUUUUUAAACCCGUAAUAAAUUAUAUUUAUAAGCAA